UCUACAUCACUUUCACAUAACUAUUCUUGACAAAAACAAACAAAUAAAAAAAGCACGGACUGCGCAUAAUCAAAAAUUUAAGGUUUAGGUUCACAAAAUACCACAAACAAUUUGAAACAGUUCGGUUAGUGUUGGCUCUGAGAGCAGUUAUAGGAAAAGCUGUUAGCAGCAAGCAGUCAGUCAGCCAGUCAGUCAGUCGAAAAAGCAUAAUAAUGCGUUAUUUGUCAGUUCCAAAAAUUUUAAGAGUUUCACGUGCGCUUCCAGGUUGUUCGAAUGCAAAAUAUUUUGCCACUAAUGUGGAGCCAAAAGAACCAGUCGUCAAGACUUCUAUUCCCGGUCCCAAAUCGCUACAACUAAAGAAAGAGUUGGCCGAACUACAAAACCCUGGUUCUGUACAAUUAUUUGCUGACUAUGAAAAAUCAAUUGGUAACUACUUAUGCGAUGUAGACGGAAAUAUGCUUCUCGAUGUGUAUGCACAGAUUUCAUCAGUUCCUUUGGGAUAUAACCAUCCACGACUUUUAAAUGUAUUUAGAAAUGAAGCUAAUUUAAAAUCACUCAUAAAUCGUCCUGCACUAGGCGUGUUUCCCGGUAAGGAUUGGCCUCAAAAACUUCAUUCCAUUUUAAUGCAAGUUGCACCGAAAGGACUUAACAAUUUAACUACAAUGAUGUGUGGCUCUUGUUCAAAUGAAAAUGCAUACAAAAGCAUAUUCAUGUGGUAUAGAAGAACACAAAGAGGAGAAAACAUUGAUUUUACAGAAUUGGAAAAGGAAUCAUGCAUGAUAAAUAUGGCACCUGGAGCUCCUAAACUAAGUCUUUUAUCUUUCAAAGGCGCUUUUCAUGGCAGAACGUUAGGUGCAUUAGCCACAACACAUUCCAAAUAUAUUCACAAAAUUGAUGUACCAUCGUUUGACUGGCCAAUUGCUUCGUUCCCUCAAUACAAAUAUCCAUUACAUGAAAAUGAAAGAGAAAAUGCUGCAGAAGAUAAACGUUGCUUAGCAGAAGUGGAAGACUUAAUAAACGACUAUAAACGUCGUGACAUACCAGUUGCUGGUAUAGUUGUUGAGCCCAUUCAAAGUGAAGGUGGUGAUAAUGAAGGAUCUCCAAAUUUUUUUAGGCAAUUGCAAGCAAUUUGUAAAAAGAAUAAUAUUGCACUUCUAAUUGAUGAAGUACAAACAGGUGGAGGUGCAACUGGAAAAAUGUGGUGUCAUGAACAUUUCGAUCUUGAACAAAGUCCUGAUGUUGUCACAUUCAGUAAAAAAAUGCAAUUGGGCGGAUUUUUCCAUAACCAAUCCUUCCAACCAAAAGAAUCAUACAGAAUUUUCAAUACUUGGAUGGGAGAUCCAGGAAAAGUUUUGUUGCUUCAAGAAAUACUAAAUGUGAUAAAAGAAGAAGAUCUAUUAAAACAAGUUAAUAUUUCUGGAAAUAUUUUGAAAAAAGGUUUAAUAGACUUGGAAAAUGAAUACUCUCACUUAUUAAACUCUACCAGAGGUCGUGGUACAUUUUUGGCUGUCAAUUGCAGCAGUCCCAAAGCUCGAGACGAACUAAUAAACAAGUUAAAGGAAAAUGGUCUACAAGCUGGAGGAUGUGGUGACUUAGCAAUACGUUUUAGGCCCGCUCUCACAUUUAAGGAACAUCACGCACAAAUUGUAUUAGAUCGCUUCAGAAAAUCCCUGAAGCAAAUGUAAAAAAAAUAUGUAUUAAUAAUUUGUUAAUAAAAUGUGCUCUGAUAAUAACAUGUUA